AUGGGUGUGGCAGUGAAGACAUCGUCCCCUUCAAGCCUGCGGUCCAGCAGCUUUUUCGGCUCGUCUGCUGGACCCCAAUCCUCUUUUGAUAUGAAGCUGGUGGCGACCCAGCCCUCCUCCUCUGAUGCCCGCGCCGUUGCGAAGGUGAUCUUUUGGGACAUCUUUGACGUGCUUGAAGAGCUCUACGGGAUCUGCUCGGCACGCCUCCUGGUGAUCUUCAUGGAGAUGUCACCGGUUUUCAUGGCCUUGGCAGACUCAUUCAGGCUCAUGGUGCUACUUCUAUGCAGCUGGGCUCUUACUUGUCAUCUUCUCUGGAGGCGGCCCUGGAGCAGUGGUCGGAAGUGCCCCUUUUGGACUUUGCCCGUGAAGUCCAUCGUGAUUGUGGCCCUGUGGAGCCCUGCUCACGGGGUACCACUUCCUAUUGAACAACAGCCAUGCCUGUCUACGGCCCCUGGCGCGGGUGUGAACGCAGGCCUCAACCCACGGUCGGCUGAGCACUACACACCUCAAGAACAAGCUCUUCUGCGACUCGGUGACCCUGACUAUGGCCUGAGGGUGUACAGCCAGGGCGUGUUUCCCGGGAACACCUACCCUGACGGGCCACCUUUGGCUCGACCUUUGUCGCCCGAGCCCCUCACGGCUGACAUUGAGGAUACCGAGGAGCACGACAUCACUGAUGAGGAGGUCCGGGCGACCCAUCUGUCCUUUUGGGUAUGCUCCCCUGGAGUCCAGCCGGGAAGUGUUGAUGUGGCCCUCUCUUUCCCGUUGAACGGUGCCAGAAUCUCUGAGAUCAUCGUGGAGUCCACUCGUUGCUUGGAUAUGACUUGGCUUUCCGAGCCAGUGGCCACCCAGCCACAACUCCACAACGAUUACGGCAGCUACCUGCUCCUGCCGCCCUGGGUCUUUAGUUCCGACUACAAGGCCGUCCUCAUCGACGGUCGGAGCUUUGACAAGGGCGUUUUCUCUGUCUAUGUUCGGGCCCUCCUGACCUGCGAGUUUGUCUUGCAACAUGCGGGGCUCCCGCCCGAGAGCGACGCUGUGCUCUUUGUUGGUGGGGCUGAAAUGCCCCUAGCCAGAAAUGAAGGAUAUGCUGCAUACCAAGGAUGCUUGAUCAAGAUACUACGACCGGGGGAACAACCGAUGUGGGCCAGCGAUGUUACAGAACGAUAUGAUGAUCCAGCACUCUGGAAUCCACGAACCCUACAUCCUCCACACCGCCCAGGUCGCUACAUUGAGUUCGUCGACAAGCACGGGUCUAGGCUGCAUGCAGCUAGCCGCGAGGACAACCGGACUCCGGUUGAGGUCGUUGAAGCCCUCUUUGGCCUCCCCCGGGACUCUUUCUGGCUGCGGGCGCCUACACAUCGGCCAGAGAGGAUGUGGUAUCGCGGCAAGAGGAUCCAUUCCAUCGUCGCGGUCGUUGACCAGCGACUGCACCCCAAAGACCACACCAAGGUUGGCUUCCUCGAUCUGCGACCCGUCGGACGUGAUGUUCAGUGGUUCCCUGCCCGAGACGGUCGUUUCCAUCCGGGUGCCCACAUCCACAACCUCCACAUUGACUUUGUUGGCGGCUAUGCUAUCGAGGUGCAUGGAGGAAAGAAACUUCGAGGUGGAUGGAUUGAAAUCGAAGAUGGCGAAGUCCUAGUCGUCUCCCUACGACGAUCUACCCGGGCCCGCCACGGCCCCCCUCCGGGCGACGGCGAUGAUGACGAGGACGAGGAGAGCGAGGACAGCAGCCCUACUGAGGACGCAAUGCCAAACUCCUCGGACCUUUCCAGUCACUCCCCACAAGGACCGGGCCCGCACGGCCCCCCGCCUCCGGAGCCAGUGCGUGACCGCAGUCGCUCCCCUCUCAGACCCCCCCCUGCUGACAUGAGACAGCCGUGUCCUUUGCAGCUUGCGGAAGCGAUUCCCGCCCCGGUCUACGACCUCACGGACAACCGAGUGACGCUACCGUACGACUAUGCAGGCCUGGCAGCUCUUGCGUCACCCUGGCCCCCGAGUUGGGUUUCCUUUGAUCUCGAGGCACUCAAGAUCGAAGAUCAGACCAUCGCAGCGCUACCCGACCUACACCCGUGGACGGAGCUCUUCCCGGUGGCGCGGAGCCCCAGCGAUUUGGAGUUCCACCUCUACACCGACGGCUCCUAUGACCAAAAGGGGGGCGGUCUUGGCUAUGGAGUUGUGAUCAUGCUCAAUGGCACGCUCUGGGCUCUACUUGGCCUGCUGGGUGGCAGCCUCUACGAGCCACAAGGGCCCUCGUGGCCCAUUGAUGGCCCCCCGGCACUGCGCGCAGAGCAGGUCGCCCUUGCGGUUGGCCUACUGUGGAGCUUUCAAGCGGCUUCCACCUUUCGGGGUGCGCGACAUUUCUGCCACUUCGACUGUGUCGCAGCGGGCUGGGCAAUAAAUGGCGACUGGGCUCCAACAGAUGAUUUCGCUUCAAGAGUCCACCUUCUAGAACUGGUCACGCGCAACCACAUCACCGAUGGCGUGUGCUUCUCCCACGUGAAAGCACACUCGGGCCACCCAUGGAACAGCCUGGCCGAUGCCACCGCAAAAGCAGGAGCACGAACCGCCAAGGAGUUACCGAAGCCCCCUGUCACUCCUUGCCAAACUUUCCUGGAGCUCGACCUGACGUGGUCUGCGGCCAUCGACUCAGCCCGCAUCGCUGGGAGCCUUCCUUUGGCCGGAGCUGAACUGACCUGGCCGACUCAUUGGGAUGAAGCCCGGCCAUCCGCCCUUCGCCCUGAACAGGUCCUACCUACCAGUUCACAGACCUGGGGAUCGGGUGGGGAUCAGACCGCCAGGUUUUGCUUCACUGCAGCGUCCAUCAAUGCACAAGGCAUGCAAGGCAAGCACCAGUUCUAUGAAGAGCAAUUGGACCAGAUAGGCUGCAACCUCAUCAUGCUGCAGGAGGUGAAACAGUCAUCCAGCUUUUGUAUGUCCCGGCGGUUCUUCAGGCUAACCACGGACGGACUCCGGCAUUGGGGAGUCAGCAUUUGGGUGCACCGAAAGCGGGGACUUCUCUCGCUGGAUGGCAAGCCCUUUCAUGUCUCUGCUACUGACCUCACGGUGCGAGCCGAGAAUGAGAGAUUGCUUGUCCUGGAGAUCGCUGUGGGCCCACACCGAGUUAUCCUGGCCUCUGUGCACUGCCCGCAUCAGGCAAGAAAGGAGGAGGCUAAGCGAUACCUCGACGACCUUGCCACCCUGCUGCAGUCUUUGCCGGAGGCUAAGGUUGUCGUCAUCGGAGCGGACUUGAAUGCCAGGUUGCCUCCUCACGAGCCCAACAUCACUGGUGGCUUGCAACAUGGCGAACCUGACGAGAUCGGUCAAUGGGCCGUGGAGCUCUGUCGAGCUGCUAGGCACGCAGCGGUGCGACCUUUUGGAAGUACUGUUCUCUAUGACUUCGACAACCUCAAUGUGCAGGAUGACCAUUUCCUCCUCCGCUUAACGGCCCAGGGACCGUGGGACUCGGGAAGCCGCGCAGCCCUUUGGCGGCCCAGGCUGGACAGGGAUAAAAUGCGCACUCCGGAGGGCCGGCAGAUCAUCGCUGAAUCUCUGCGAGGGUACGUCCCUCCACAGUGGGAGGUCCACCCUGAUCUACACUGCCAGCAUCUGUUGGACCACCUCCAAGCCCUGAUGCGCGAGCACUUCACCAAGCCCGCCAACGCGCCCAGGGCUACCUUCAUUCCAGAUUUUGUUUGGCGGCUUCGGGCAACCAAACUGCGACUGAAGGUUCGAACAAAGCACCGCCGCAUCGGCUGGCGCAUUCUUCUACACUCCGGGAUCCUGUUCUGGCGACACGGCGUCGCCAGUGGGGAGUGGGUCAAUGCAGUGUGCAAGCACCACCUGCUUCACGGGAUAGCCGCGUCGGCCAUCAAGGUAGCCACGCAGCUUACCAAACGAGGCAUCCAGACUGCGAAGGACUCCUUCCUGAAGGGUGCGGCCAAGGGAUACGAACCCACCACUGGGGCCAACCACCUCCUGUCCAACCUCAAGAAGGCUGGAUUGGGACAGCGAGCCAAGCAGAACUUCCAGCGACAGCUUCCCCUUCUACUUGAUGAGGACAAACUGCCAGUUACUAGCCGGGAGGACUGCGACGCCCUUUGGCUCCGCCACUUCGGUACCCAGGAGUACGGGGAAACCAUCGAGCUGCAAGCCUUACUUGACAAGCCUCACCCUCCUGUUGUCCAAGAUGAGGAGCUCGAGUGGAAGGUCGACAGCCUCCCGUCCAUCCUUGAGCUCGAACGGGUUUUUCGGUGCCUGCCGAAUGGAAAAGCAGCCGGCCCCGAUUCAGUGCCGGGGGAGCUGCUAAAAGCCGCCCCGGCGGAAACUGCACGUGCAACCCAUGCACUGAUGAUGAAAUCGUCGAUGAGGCUGCAUCAACCUCUUCACUGGAGAGGAGGGACAUUGUUCGCUGCCUGGAAAGGCAGUGGGGAACGGAGCAACCCGGACUCACACCGCUCCUUAUUCGUGUCCAACAUCCUCGGCAAGUGCCUGCACAAGGUGUAUAAGUCGAAGACUACGGACUGUACUGGCCAGUCCUUUCACGGGAUGCACCUAGGCUCCAAACGAGGAGCACCGGUGACUUUCCCGGCCCUCCUGAUCCUUUCCCACGUGCGCCUCGCCCUUCGAGCGAAGGCUUCCUUUGCCAUCCUCUUCCUCGACGCAACCCAGGCGUACUACAGGGUGUGCAGGGAGUUAUGCAUGGGCAGGAUUUCUGAAGACAUUGCGAUCGCUACCGUCUUCAAGCACUUCGGGAUCCCUGCUGACGAGAUCCAUGCUCUGCACCAGGAGAUAUGCGAUGGAGGCUUCAUGGCGGACAACGGCUACCCGGCGGAGAUCAGACACAUCGUGAAGGACUUCCACAACGUGGCCUGGUUUACGACCUGCUAUGGGAGUGGCACGCAUGUGUGCCUCACCAAAGCCGGAUCACGCCCCGGCGAAAACUUCGCCGAUGUUAUCUUCGGAUUUGUCUACGAGCGCAUCCUCCAACAGAUAGCUGAGAUCGCUAAUGGUGAGGGCCUCAUGGACUUCCGGAGGUAUGAUACAGCCUCUGGGAUCUACGGGGACGGCCUCGGUGGGGAUGACACCCUCAUCCAGGACAGCACUUGGGCUGACGAUAGUGCUUUUCCCUUGAUGGACCGGUCACCAGGGGCUUUGAUGGAAAAGACACUGCGCCUUACUUCUUUGGUGGUGUCCCACUGCCAAGGUUUGGGGAUGCGCCCCAACCUCCGUCGGGGGAAGACGUCAUUGUUGCUUCAUCUGCGAGGCCGCGGUGUCCAAGCAGUCAAGAGAGCCUACUUCCCAGCGGGUGCCUCCAAGGUCCUCUUGCCCGACUUAGGCGUCUAUGUCGAAGUGGUCCCGGCAUAUACUCAUUUAGGUGGGGUGCUCGACCACCGGGGUGCUCUAGAGCAGGAGUCGCGUCGGCGACUGGCCCUUGCAGCAAACGCCUACGACGCUUCCAAGCAGCUCAUCCUCAACAACCGGACCAUUGAGCUCUCAGCGAGAACUGCGGUCUUCGAAUCUGCAGUGCGCUCCACCUUGUUCAACGUCGCCCUGUGGGUCCCGCGAGGCCCUGCCUGGGAUCGGCUCGUCGGAGGCUAUACACGCCUGAUGCGACGCCUCCUCGUGCCUUUCUUCGGGGACAAGGAGGUCUUUCGUCUACCUGACCCCCUUGUGCACGUCCUGGCAGACAGUGUCCCCCUCGAGCUCUUUGCCAAGAAAUCCCGGCUCGGGCUGCUACUAUCAAUGGUCAUUGCGGGCCCACCAAGCCUGUGGGCGAUCAUCCAGGCGGAGCAGGGAUGGAUGGCCUGCCUGCGGGAUGACCUGGCCUGGCUUGCUUCCGCGAACCCUACGAGUUGGCCGGCCCUCGACGUUUCGGCUUGGCCUCAGUGGUGGCACCUGAUGAAGCUUGGCCCGGGCUCCUUCCGGAAGCAAGUGGCGAAACGGAUUGCGGAGGACUUCGAGGCCUACAAAGUCGAGAUUAGGCCGAAGCUGUGCCUCUGGUUUUGGCAACACCAAGCAUUGAAGCUUGUGCAGCCGGUCCCUACGAUAGCAGCGAGCUGGCGAUGCGGACCCUGCUCCAAGUGCUUUGGUAGCCGGGCGGGACUUAGCGCCCAUUUUUUCAAACGGCACCAGCGACGUGCCGAGUACCGAGCAUGUGUGGAUGGGACCUUAUGCCGUGCAUGUGGACGCCAAUUCUGGUCGGAGAACCGUCUGGCGGUGCAUCUGAGAGACACUCCCGGGUGCGUUCUACGACUACGGCAACAUCGUCUACUUGCUGGUCAACCCGGUGGUGGCAUUGGCAGCCGUGCUUGGAGACAGCGCGACUCCGAGCAGUACACCCCGGCUCUGGCCGUUGCAGUGGGCGAUGGCCUGUCUGUGACUGAGGAGCGGAUUUGGAGUGACACGCUCAAGAUUGCCUACAAGGACCUGUCCGAUCUUCUCCUCGACGCGGAUGGGCGACAGACGGCGAUCUCGCAAGGGGAUUUUCCGGACAAGAUUGUCCGGGCAUACCCCCUUUAUCCGGAGGAAAUCGAGGAGCUGGUGCAGACGAUCAUUGACGAUCUCCAGCUGGUGGGUGAGGCUGGGGCUGAUGUUCACUGGUCCAUUGAGGAACAUGAACAGCUCCUGACAGCCCUCAAGGCGUCCCAGCUGCAGGAUGGAGCAGAGCGAGAUCCGAAUGCGGAACAAGCGACUGCCCUCCUUCCUCGACUUCUACCUCGACAGCCGAUCGAUGUGGAUUGGCCUGGGUUACUUCGACGUGUGAGAGGCUCCCACGUGACCGGUAGGCGGCUUGUUGUAGACCUGUUGGAAAUCCGGGAAGCUGCACAGAUUUCCUUUAGGGACAAGCGGGCCAAUGCAGCCGUGGACGAGACGCUCCAGGAAGUUGCCCCGCCCCAACUCAGGCGAGCCUGGCGAAGCCUCCUAGAGGGAGACGAAGUACAGAUCUUCGCUAGGCCGGAGUUUUGGGCGACUGCUCUUGCGGCCCCAUUUGUACAUGUGGGCCUCUGCUUUUGCAAGUAA